AUGGCCAAUGAGCUCGAAAAGGAGGAAGUUGCUACAGAGAGCUGGUCUAAAAAGGCACUUAUCCUGGCCUAUGCCAUGGUUUGGUGCAUCUACUUCAUCAACACUAUGCAACAGGGUAUUGCUGGCAAUCUCACACCUUAUAUUACCAGCAGUUUUCAGCAGCACUCAUUAACGGCGACUAUCACUGUCAUAAGCAGUCUAAUUGGAGGCCUAGUCAAAUUGCCCCUUGCCAAGCUACUUGACAUCUGGGGCCGUCCUCACGGGUUUGCGCUCUGCGUGGCGCUCCUGACCAUCGGCUUGGUCAUAAUGGCAGCUUGCAAAAACGUUGAGAUGUAUGCUACCGCUCAGGUCCUUUACUGGGUUGGCUAUAACGGACUAACCUAUACCAUGAGCGUAUUCAUUACCGACACCUCUGCCCUCAGAAAUCGAGCCCUGAUAUUUGCGUUUGCCUCGUCUCCAUACAUCAUAACCACCUGGCUGGGUGGCCAUAUUGCCACAAGAAUACUCGCUGGCAUUGGAUUUGCCUGGGGCUUCGGCAUAUUCGCCGUUGAAGCCAUAAAGUUCUACUUGGUGGAGUUUGACAUUGUUGGUGUGGUUCUCGUCGUCGCAGGUUCUGCACUGUUCCUGUUCCCAUUCAACCUUUACAGCAAACAUCCCGAGGGCUUGCAGUCGCCGUCCAUCAUUGCUUUGAUCGUAAUUGGCGGUGUACUAGUCGUUGCAUUCGCGCUAUGGGAGAUAUUCUGGGCACCAGUUAAGUUCCUCCCCUGGAAGUUAUUAAACGACCGUACAGUUCUUGGUGCCUGCUGUCUCGCAGCCGUCCUCCUCGUCAGUUACUACACCUGGAGCGCCUACUUUUCCUCCUUUUUACAGGUUGUCAUUGGCCUCGACUUGAACCAGGCGAGCUACAUAACCAAUAUCUACAGCACCGUCGCUUGCCUCUGGUCCCUUGUUGUUGGCGCCAUUGUCCGCUGGUCAGGCCGGUUCAAGUGGCUCGCUCUCUACUUUGGCGUACCGCUAAUGAUCGCCGGCGUCGGUCUCAUGCUCCACCUUGGGCCGGACUUUGACAUUGGCUACAUCAUCUUGUGCCAGGUACUAGUUGCCUUGGCAGGUGGGACGCUCUCCGUCUGCAAGCAGAUUGCCGUAAUGGCCGCCGUAGAGCAUCGAUUUACUGAGCGCCAGUACGUGGCCGUAGUUCUGGCUGUCGAGAGCAUGUUUUCCAGCCUUGGCGGUGCUGUUGGUUCGACGGUGGCCGCCGCCAUCUGGCAAGGAGUAUUCUCUGCGAAACUCAAGGAGUAUCUUGUCGCUGAUGCUAAGGGUGACGCCAGAAACAGUACCAAAGAUAGUAUCAAUGACUACCUCAGCGGCAUAUACGGUAGCCUGACAACACAGAUAUCGUACCCGGAGGGGUCCGUACAAAAAAUUUCUAUUGUUCGUGCCUACGGCGACGCCCAAAGCGUCAUGCUGACUGUGGCUACUUCUGUUUUGGUUUUGGCAAUAGUUGCAACCGCUGUAUGGAAAGAUAUCAGAAUCGAGAGCUUCAAGUAA